AUGACAGAUUACAGAGAACGCGAACUAAACAAAAAAAAUGGCUAACCGUACCGUAAAAGACGCCAAAUCGAUUCGAGGCACGAAUCCUCAAUAUUUAAUUGAAAAAAUCAUUAGAUCUCGUAUUUACGAUUCGAAAUACUGGAAAGAAGAAUGUUUUGCUUUAACAGCGGAAUUACUUGUCGACAAAGCCAUGGAAUUGCGAUAUGUAGGAGGCGUGCAUGGGGGUUUUAUUUAUCCAACACCUUUUCUGUGUCUUGUAUUAAAAAUGCUGCAAAUACAACCUGAAAAAGAUAUUGUAGUGGAAUUUAUAAAGAACGAAGAGUUCAAGUAUGUUCGUGCACUUGGAGCUUUUUAUAUGAGACUUACAGGAUCUUCCGUUGAUUGUUAUAAAUACCUCGAACCUUUAUACAAUGAUAAUAGAAAAUUAAGGCGGCAGAACCGAGAAGGACAAUAUGCUAUUGUACAUAUGGACGAGUUUAUCGACGAAUUACUCCGAGAAGAGAGAUUGUGCGACGUAAUAUUACCACGAAUUCAGAAACGUCAUGUGCUCGAGGAAAACAAUGAAUUGGAUCAGAAAGUGUCUGCUUUGGACGAUGAUUUAGAUGACGAUAUGCCUUCUGAUGAAGAUAAUCCUGAACUAGAUGCCAAAGAAAACAAAAGAGAUAAAGAUCGAAGAGAUAGAGACAGGAGAAGAGAGAGAUCUAGAGAUCGCGAUAGAAGAGAAAAGGAUAGGAAACGAGAACGCUCAAGAAGCAGAGACCGCGAACGAAGAAGAGAAAGGGAAAGAGAACGUGAUAAAGAGCGAGAGCGUGAAAAAGAGAGGGAGAGAGAAAGAAGAGAGAUGCGUGAUAGAGAUAGAGAAAAAGAGAGAAGAGAUCGGGAUAGGCAUGAACCUGACAGAAGGAGAGAAAGGGGUGGUAGAUAUUAGAUUAGUAUAGGACAUGAAUAAACAUUUUAAAUUUAUAUAUGUUUUAGUUUUAUAAAAUCAGUUGAUAUAUAUCCAUUUAUAUCCUUCCAUCAACAAAUUCAAAAUAUCUCUUGCUAAAAUACUUAGAAAAUUCAUAAUUUUUUUACGAAUUCAGGAUAAGGCUUCUUUGUUCAAUGUUUCUACUUU